UAAAGGUUAUAUUUACUUAUCACUUAAAAAAUUUGGCCGUUCAUAAUAUUUUUAAAAUAAAAUGGUGUAAUAUUAAUAUAUAAUAUUACAAACGUGUAUACUUACAAAGUUUAUGUAAAUAUAAAGACAAAAGUUUGCGUAGAAAAUGUUUUAUGAAGCUUUCUUAGCAGGUACAUGGGCAUCAAUUGGUAGCACUUUGGGUAAAUUAUCUGGAACGCCUACAAUUGUAGGUGAUAGCUACUUAAUAUGGGCUAUACUUCUGGCUGUGAUGGUGCUAACCAAUACAUGGGGAUGUCGUUACUACCUACGCUCGUUGGAUGCAGCGAACAACUCUGUAGCACCUACUGUCAUCUCAGCGGCCUCUAGUUAUGUAUUAUCAGUCGUAAUUGGAGUUACUUUGUUCGAUGACGGCGCCACUGUGCUAUUGUGGUUGGGCAUAUUUUUCAUAGUCAUGGGACUGAUUUUGGUAGCGCGACCGCGGGUUGAUAAAGUCAAAAUAUAGUCACUUAUGUUUAUUUUGUACUGUAAGGUAAAAUUUGUUACAUAUUAACUACAUGUUAUAGUAAGGCGUUUUUCAUUUUCACUAGAAUCGUAUUUCUUAAGAUGUAAAAAGUUUUUAUUAGAAUUUAAGUAUUAUUUAAUGUUGCUUUUUUAAAUUUGUCCGUUCUG